AUGGACAAACACUCAACAAUUACGGUUGGAUGGUUUCCUGGGACGAUGAUAACGAGGCCUUCGAUAUUAUGUAUUCGGGGAGAGGCGCUUAGCCCCAGAGAUGGUCUGUUGGUUUUGGAAAUCCAAAAGGGGAUAAAGGAGUUCCUAGUCAAUUGCUGUCAGGAAACUCUCCAUGACAUGGAUCCUACCGCGCUAAUAGAUGGGUAUAUCCCUGUCCAGCCAGAGCCAGCCAUCACGAGGUCCCAACUGAGUGGUUCACCAUAUCUUCUAUUGCUGCAGAGGCCCCAUAGCGCGUCCCAGCUAACAUUGAUUUCGAACGACUCCAGGCCGUGUUCGCAGCAGGGCGUUCCGCUGCUGUCGGCCAUCCAUAUCUUUGUUCUUCGAGAAGAUCCCAAGUACUUCUACUGCAUCCUGUUAUAA